AUGACUAGGGGAAAGAAAGUGGGAAAUAUGGAGGAUAAUAUUCUGGUUGGAACGAAGAUUAAAUGGAGAGAGUGGAAAUUGGCCGCAUGGAAUGUUAGAGGAAUAAGGGGAAAAGAAUUGGAUUUAAUAGGGGAGUUUGAGAGGUAUAACAUUGACGUUCUAAGUAUAACAGAGACAAAAAAGAAGGGGAAAGGAGAACAAUUGAUGGAAAAUGGGCACAUUAUGGUAUACGGUGGAGUGGAAUAUGAAAAACACGGUGCAGCGGGAGUGGGAUGUCUGAUAAAUAAGAGAUGGAGUCAAUUUGUGGACCACUGGGAGGUGUACUCUGAAAGGAUUCUCUUACUGCGUCUAAAAAAGAGUACGAACCGAAUUAUAUCUAUAUUGGUAGUAUAUGGGCCGAACGAGGAUGCAAGAGCGGAAGAAAAAGAUAAAUUCUGGGAAGAAUUGAAUAUGGCAAAGGAGAACUGUAAGGGAAAAAUUAUAAUAUGCGGAGAUAUCAACGGUAGAGUUGGUAUUUCACAGGAUAAUAAUGGAGUUGUGGGCAAAUAUGGUGAAGAUAAGAAGACAAAUAAUGGAAAUAGAUUUAUUGAAUACUGCAGAAUGAACGAUUUAAUAGUGACAAAUACUUUCUAUGAACAUAAGGAUAUUCAUAAGUACACAAGACAGGGACCAAAAACAGAAGAUAGAUCAAUUAUAGAUUACAUAGUCGUGGAGAGGGAUAGUAGGAGAGAGGUGAAUGAUGUGAGAGUAUACAGGGGAGCUGAAUUAGGAACCGAUCACUACAUGUUGGUUGCGAGAAUGGUAGAAGAGGAUGAGGGUGGGAAGGUCGAAAAACAAAAUGAAAGAUGUUAUGAACGGAUUAAAUAUUAUAAGCUAAGAGAACGUGUGAGUGCAGAGAAGUACAGAACAAAAUUAGAAGAAGAACUUUCAAGGGUAGAUGUAGUCAACUGUAACUGGAGGCUGGAAGAUUUGUGGGUCGACUUCAAGACAAAAGUAUUGGCAACAGCUAAGGAGGUUUGUGGAAGUGUAAGAGUGAAAGGAAAAAGGAAAUAUACUUCUUGGUGGAGUGAGGACAUUAAAAAAGAGAUAAAAUGCAAGAAGAACAGAUGGAAAGAAUACUUAAGAGAACGAACUGAGGAAAGUUAUAUGAGGUACAAGGAAAAAAGAAAAAUAGUUAAAGAAAUGAUCAAGAGCAACAAGGAAAAGAACUGGACUGAGUUUGGGGAUAAAAUGGAAAAAUAUGCUAAUGAGAACAAAAAAUUGUUCUAUAGAAUGUUAAAAAAUACGAGAAAGAAAAAGGGAUUAGAACAAAUAACCAUAAGAAGCAAACAAAAGGAAUUACUGACAAGUGAGAAGGAAAUCAUGGGAAGAUGGAGAGAGUAUUUUAUAGAACUCUUGGAGGGAAACGAUGGAUAUGUCAUGCCUGAGGAAGCUGUCGGAAAGGAUGCUCGAACAAACACCGAUGAAGACCAUAUAAGUAUAGAGGAAAUUAACGAAGCGCUAAAUAAGUUGAAAAGUGGAAAAUCAGCUGGAUAUGAUCUAAUAGCACCAGAGAUGAUGAAAAAUAUGGGGAAUAUCGGUAGAGAAAUUCUCAGAGUGAUCUGUCAGAAAGCGUGGAACGAGAAAGAAAUACCGGAGGACUGGAGGAGGACUUUGAUUGUUCCUAUCUAUAAGAGCGGAGAUAAAAAAGAAUGUAGUAAUUACAGAGGAAUAACAUUAAUGAAUACUGCGUUGAAGGUGUAUGAAUCGAUACUCGAACAGCGACUGAGAGCACAUGAAGAGAAAUCCCUAGACGAGGCACAAAGCGGGUUCAUUAAAGGAAGAAGUACUCAAGAUCAUAUAUUCACAAUUAAGCAGAUAAUUGAGAAAAUAAGGAAAAACAAAAGGACUGCCUAUUUUGUGUUUAUAGAUUUGGUCAAGGCUUUCGAUAAGGUCAGAAGAAAGAAGCUGUGGGAAAUACUAAAGAAGCGUGGUGUUGACUCGGGAAUGUUCAGAGUAUUUACAAGAGAAAUGUUAACUUUGUCAUAA